AUGGAUGAGGCAUAUAAGCUACAGUCUGUAUGGUAUCAUCAUGAAGAAUUGAAUUCAGCGGUUGAAGGUGACAGUGACAGCAGAUUCAGCAAGUGGAAUGAUGAGAUUUUUAGGUUAUAUGAAGCAGCUGAUGAGUUUAUGGCUGAUGAGUAUGGUAAUAUGGCUGACUUAGGUGAUAGUGGAGAGGGUGAAGAAAAGAAAGAAGAUGAUUUUCUUGCAAAACUUGCAGAUGCUGAAACACCCUUGUAUCCAAGUUGUGUCAAUCAUAAAACAUUUUCGAAGAUGUUACCAAAGGAUAAUGUGCUACACACAUCACUGUACGAGGUGAAGAAAUUUCUGAAAUCAUUUGAUAUGGGUUACCAGAAGAUUCAUGCAUGCGUCAAUGAUUGUUAUCUGUUCAUAAAAAAGUACAAGACGCUUGAUAAGUGUCCUAAAUGCAAGACUUCUAGGUGGAAGACUAACAAGCAAACUGGUGAAGUAAACAAAGGUGUUCCACAGAAAGUAUUAAGAUACUUUCCGAUUAUACCAAGGCUCAAGAGAAUGUUCAAAUCAGAGAAAAUGGCCAAGGACUUAAGGUGGCAUUUCACUAACAAGAGCAGUGAUGGAAAACUUCAACACCCUGUAGAUUCAGUUACUUGGAAUCAUAUGAACGACAAAUAUCCUUCUUUUGCAGCUGAAGAAAGAAACAUGCGGCUUGGACUUUCCACAGAUAGAUUUAAUCCAUUCAAUAUGAAGAACACCAAGUAUAGUUGCUGGCCUGUUUUACUAGUAAACUACAAUUUGCCACCGGAUUUGUGUAUGAAGAAGGAGAACAUCAUGCUUACGCUACUGAUUCUUGGACCACAACAACCUGGAUGCAAAGUAAAAGGUCAAAUGGGCUGUCCUUUAUGUGGGAAAAAUACAAACAGCAUGUGGUUAAAGUUCAGCCGAAAACAUGUCUACAUGAGUCAUAGAAAGAUUUUGCCACCAACACAUAGUUUCAGAGGAAAGAAGUCGUGGUUUGAUGGUAAAGCUGAACAUGGGAGAAAGGGAAGGAUAUUAAGUGGCCAGGAAAUUUCUCAAAACCUGAAAAAUUUCAAGAAUGACUUUGGAAAUCUGAAAAAAUCUGUCCGCAAGAGGAAAAGUACAGAUUGUACUGGAAUGAUGUCUGAUAGUGAGGAUUUAUCCACUGAUUCAUCUGAGGAUGAAGAUGAGGGAAUAGAAGUAGAUGAGGGAAUAGAAGUAGACGAGGAUGAGUUAUCUAGAUGGAAGAAAAGAUCUAUUUUUUUCAAUCUACCUUAUUGGGACGAUCUUCCGGUAAGGCAUAACUUAGACGUAAUGCAUGUGGAGAGAAAUGUGGCUGCAAGUAUUGUAUCUACUUUGCUACAUUGUGGGAAAUCAAAGGAUGGUCUUCAGACACGUAAGGAUCUAAAAUAUCUGGGUAUUAGAAAGGAUUUGCAUCCUAAAACACAAGGAAAAAGAACAUACCUUCCAGCAGCUCCUUGGUCAUUUUCGAAGACAGAGAAGAAAGUCUUUUGUAAGCGAAUUUUUGACUUCAAAGGACCAGAUGACUACUGUUCAGACAUAUCAAAAGGCGUAUCAUUAGACGACUGUAAUAUCACUGGUCUGAAAUCACACGAUUAUCACGUCUUAAUGCAACAGCUACUUCCUAUUGCACUUAGAGUACAUCUAGGAAGAGAAGCACGGCUAGAUGGACCAGUCCAUUUUAGAUGGAUGUACCCAUUUGAAAGGUAUAUGAUGGUUCUUAAAGAUUUUGUAAGAAACCCGGCAAGACCUGAGGGGUGUAUGGCCGAGUCAUAUCUCGUUGAAGAAUGCAUUCACUUUUGUAGUGAAUUUCUGAAGAAGACUACAAAUGUAGAGGAAAAACUAGAUAGAAACACUGAAUAUGAGAAUAGUUAUAUACUAGAGGGUCGCCCAAUAUCUGCAAGCACUUCAAUUACUCUUACUGAAAUGGAGACAAAAAUUGCCCACCUUGCUGUUAUACAAAACGUGGCUGUUGUUGAUCCUUAUGUCGAUGAGCACCUUCAGUACCUUCAAGACUCAAAUGGGAGAUGUAGAUCUGAUGCAUCACAUUUAUGGAAGAUGCAUACAGAAAAGUUUGCGGAUUGGCUAAAAAAAAAGAUCCCGCUUGAUUCCGAUGUACAUGAAAAAACACUUACAUGGUUGGCUUAUGGUCCACGUAGUUCUGCUCGGUCGUAUAUAGGAUAUAUUCUUAAUGGGCAACGGUUUCACACUUGUUCAGUUGAUAGAAAAAGUCAGACUAGUGGGAUCUUGUAUGAGGCUACAGCAGUAUGUAGGUCUAGUGCGAAAGACACCUCACAAGUAGUUGAUAUGGCAGUAAUGAGUAAUGGAGUGAAGGUAGAUGAUGGUUUCACACUAGUUAACCUGAAUCAUAGUCAGAUCUCAUUCUUAAGGGAUCCAUAUAUUUUAGCUUCGCAAGCAAAGCAAGUGUUCUACUCAAGGGAAGACGAGACAUCAAGUUGGUAUGCUAUUAUGAGAGGUACUUCAAGAAGAUACAUCAGUAAUGAGUUUGAUGAUGGAGUUGUAGACAUUGGGCCGUUGCCAUCAACUGUUGAUAUGGAAGUUAAUUUAGAUGAAGAUGAGACAGCCAGUAGGGAUUGUGAAGGUAUAUAUGUUUGA